GCGGUGGCGGCCGGCAUGGGCGAUGGGGGCGCGGAGCGCGACCGCGGCCCCGCACGCCGGGAGUCGCGCGGCGGGCGCGGCGGGGACCGCGGCGGAGCGGAGGACUCGGGCGCCGAUGCCGGCCGCCGCAGCCCAAGGGAGAUUGCGGGGACCUCCGCCUCUAGCCCCGCGGGCUCCAGAGAGAGCGGCGCCGACAGCGACGGCCAGCCCGGGCUCGGAGAGGCAGACCACUGCCGCCGCAUCCUGGUGCGAGACGCCAAAGGGACCAUCCGGGAGAUUGUCCUGCCUAAGGGUUUGGACUUGGACCGGCCCAAGCGGACCCGCACAUCCUUCACGGCUGAGCAGCUGUACCGCCUGGAAAUGGAGUUCCAGCGCUGCCAGUAUGUGGUGGGCCGAGAGCGCACCGAGCUGGCCCGCCAGCUGAACCUCUCCGAGACCCAGGUGAAGGUCUGGUUCCAGAACCGCCGCACCAAACAGAAGAAAGACCAGAGCAGAGACCUGGAGAAGCGGGCGUCCUCCUCGGCCUCCGAGGCCUUUGCCACAUCCAACAUCCUGCGGCUGCUGGAGCAGGGCCGGCUGCUGUCUGUGCCUAGGGCCCCCGGCCUACUGGCGCUGACCCCUGGCCCACUGGGCCUGCCUGCCAGCCACAGGGGCACCUCACUGGGUGACCCCAGGAACUCCUCCCCGUGCCUCAACCCACUGACCUCAGCGUCCGCGUCCCCGCCCCUGCCACCCCCUCCACCGGCCCUCUGCUUUUCCACUGCCCCACUCCUGGACCUGUCUGCCUGCUAUGAACUGGGCUCCUCGGCCUUCGCGCCCUACAGCAGGCUAGAACGGAGAGUGGGCAGCCCCAGCGGCAGCAGCGGUGACAAGAAAGCCAACAUUUAAGCCUCCACCUCCCUGCGACACCGAGUCCCCAAGCACGGCACCACCCCUGCCUCCCCUGCCCCAUGGACUGCCCUGAGCAGGCUCCCAGAGAGGCGGGCAGCCUCACAUCUGGCCCCACCUGCCUUUCAACUCAGAGACUGUUGCCAGAAGGCCUUGGUCCCGCAGCUUGUGUGUGCGAGUGCAGUGUGCGUGUGUGUGCCUCUCACUGAAAUAAAAGGAAACAAUGACAAGAAGGGAAACAGAGUCUCCACAGCACCACCACUGCCCCCCGAUCCCAUCCCUCCCUCUCCUCACCGGGAAGGAAAAUGGGCUGAGCCAGGAGGCCUCUAAUGGGAGGGAGCAAAAACUGAGCCACGUUCACAGUUACAGGGGAUGGGGUACCACACUCCUACUCCCAAUUAGAGCUUCUGCCUGGGCAUUGCAAAGCCCAUGAUAGCCACAUGGACGCUUCUGCUGGUUAAGCAUUGCUCUUUGCAAGCUCCUCUUCGAAACAUAAAAAUAUUUGAAAGGUAGGAAUGUCAAAUUCUUCAAGAGGGUAGACAAUGACAGGUGCCUGGGUGGCUCAGUUGGUUAGGCCAGGCUGUUAAGUAACUCCUGGUUUCGGCUCAGGUCAUGAUCUCAUGGUUCAAGAGGUCCAGCCCCACACUGGGUACCCUCCCCCUCACCCCAACAGCAUGGAGCCUGCCUGGGAUUCUCUCUCUCCCUCUCUCUCUGCCCCUCCCUGGGCUUGCUUGCG